GACACCUGGAUGAUGAUGGAUUACCACACGGAUUCUGCACUGUCACCUACUCCUCCACAGACAGAUUUGAGGGCAACUUUGUGCAUGGAGAAAAGAAUGGACGUGGGAAGUUCUUCUUCUUUGACGGCAGCACCCUGGAAGGAUAUUAUGUGGAUGAUGCCUUGCAGGGCCAGGGUGUUUACACCUAUGAGGAUGGGGGUGUUCUCCAAGGCACAUAUGUCGAUGGUGAGCUGAAUGGACCAGCCCAGGAGUAUGACACCGAUGGGAGGCUGAUCUUCAAGGGGCAAUACAAAGACAACAUUCGACAUGGAGUGUGUUGGAUCCAUUACCCAGAUGGAGGCAGCCUCGUUGGGGAAGUCAAUGAAGAUGGGGAGAUGACUGGAGAGAAGAUAGCCUAUGUCUACCCUGAUCAGAGGACUGCACUCUAUGGAAAGUUUAUUGAUGGAGAGAUGAUUGAGGGGAAACUGGCCACCCUCAUGGCUACUGAAGAAGGGAGGCCACACUUUGAACUGACAUCUGGAAGUUCCGUGUACCACUUUGAUAAAUCGACUUCCUCCUGCAUCUCUAGUGAUGCUCUCCUUCCAGACCCUUAUGAGUCCGAGAGGGUUUAUGUUGCCGACUCUCUCAUCUCCAGUGCUGGAGAAGGACUAUUUUCCAAGGUAGCAGUGGGACCCAAUACUGUAAUGUCUUUUUAUAAUGGAGUCCGAAUUACACACCAAGAGGUCGACAGCAGAGAUUGGGCCCUGAAUGGGAACACUCUCUCCCUUGAUGAGGAGACAGUCAUUGAUGUGCCUGAGCCCUAUAACCACGUAUCUAAGUACUGUGCCUCCUUGGGACACAAGGCGAAUCACUCCUUUACUCCAAACUGCAUCUAUGACAUGUUUGUCCACCCCCGUUUUGGGCCUAUCAAGUGCAUCCGCACCCUGCAAGCUGUGGAGGCUGAGGAAGAGCUGACCGUUGCUUAUGGCUAUGACCACAGCCCCCCAGGGAAGAGUGGUCCUGAAGCCCCUGAGUGGUACCAGGUGGAGCUGAAGGCCUUCCAGGCCACCCAGCAAAAGUGAAAGACCUGGCCCUGGGGUCCACAGACCUGGAAUAGAAACUUGGAUCUAUGCACUACAUUUAUCUGACAAUGGGACAACCAGGGACUGUUCAUGCUGUGACAUCACAUCCUCUCACCCUGCGUUAGCAACGACUUUCUCGCGUACUAACUAGGUUUGACUGUAUUACUCAUACCAGAUUUAAAAUUAGCUAGCCUUGCAGCAACGCCCUACUGAGAGGUACUGUCGAACUGUAGACAGCAUGAUGUUCUUUGAUGAUUGAAGUCUAAAUCUGGACCACGUUCAGAGAUACCAAAUGAUUAGGCUGAAAAAGGGAAAUGGGAUUCUUCAGUCAUUUUUCAUCGAAGGUUUUUUUUUUUAAUGAUGUUUUUUCUAUGGCUAUUGCAAAUGGUGUUCGAUCACCCUUGCAUGUUGCCACCUGCAGGGUUGGAAGGAUUAUUACAUCUUUAUAUAAAUGUAGGGUCAUUUGCCUUUUAACCUUUGAUCUGUAUCUUGCAAUAGAAUGGCUUUGUUUUUGUUGUUACUCUUCUAGUGAAUCAAAGCCCAGGCUUUUGAGUCUUUUCUUUAGCCUCACUCCCUAUCUUAGCUAUCCUUUACAAGAGAAAGCUUCCAAAUGGAUUUUGCAUUCAUAGCAGUGUACAGGUCUCUCUGGUUCUUUCUCUAUCAUUUCAUUCUUAUGUCCUGAUAUAAAGAACUGGCUCAUAGGGCCAGACUGUUGUUAUAGACUUAUUAUUCUCGCAUGUAAACAAAGAUAUCUUUGCUUUCAGAUGUGAGAAGAAAUGAAUUUACUUUGUUUGCAUUAAGUUACAAAAGAGUUGUAAGAUAUACUUUCAGGAAGAAGAGAGGAAAAUUAGUAUUUCUAAGCAGUCAUUGUGGCAAUUUUGCAGUAUAUUCAGUAGUGCUGGCAAUUUUUUCUCCUCUGGUACCCAUUCAUUGUACAUAACCUAGUGCAGUCUGGCUUGUGACACAGCUCAUGGAAUUCAAAAUAUGAUAGUCAAUGUGCAUUCCAAAACAGAAUGCAGAAUUCUCUUUAAAAUCAGUGCCAGGAAGACAGACAUGCUGAUUACUAGGUGUAAAUCAGAUCUGUAGCUAAGCUUUUCACCACAGUGAUCUCCAAGCACUUAACUGCUUCCAGGCUCUGUAAGCCACAAGUUCACACCUGUGCAGUUUCUAUCAAUAAUAGCAUAUUGCCACCUCGUAAGCCAUAUGUAAUCACAGCCACAGGAAUACAGAGAAAAGCCCACUAUUUUAGUUUAGCACAUUAGAUCUAUUACCUAACUGGAUUGCUCUGAAUGAAUUCUGGGGUUGGGGGACACCUCCCCCAAGGCGUCGCUCCAUCACCAGAAAGCCUAGGGACAACAGUUGCUGAAGCCUGUCACUGUCAACAGUGCUACCUGAGAGGCCUGGGUGGGUUUAGGCUUUUGAGGGAGCUCAAAGUUCAUAGAGAUGCUUGCCAGGAGCAGGUAGAAAUGGAGAGAGGGGAUAGGUAGAGGGCAGUUUGCUCUUUUUGUCAGUUGCACAUUGCUCUUAACAACAGCUUUCCCAAAUGAUCCCCAUCAAACAGCCCCAGAAUGGAGGACUCUGCCCUCAGCUAUGAUAGCCACACCCUGGGCUCUCAAGCUUCCUGACACACCCAGCUUCAGUCUCUGCACUUAGGUGGUGGUACUUUCCAGGAGAGCUGGUCACAUCACUGUUUGAAAGCUUAAGAAGAUAAUUCACUCAGGAGAAAUAUCCUCAGAACUUCUAAGGAGGUCUCCUGCAAAAUGACUGAAUCAUUUUUAAACUACAAGUCAACCAGGAUAGGAUUGCUUCUAUUCUGUAGAAAGAGACUGUUUAGUAAACUGUGACAGAAGGAUGGGGUCUGUGGAUUUGAAUUCUGAGAGGUGCUUUCGUGUAAAUGUGUCCAAAGAGAGUUGGCUGCCUUCGGGAAAAAGAUGGCUUCCUACAGCUCCAUCAGUCAGGUUGUUGGACGAGGUUGAGAGAUGAGGCAGAGGGAGAGAGGUCAGGCCCCACCUUGGGUGGUGUGCCCACACCUGGAGACAGAACCUAGUCUCAGCUGCAGUGGGGGCUCAACUUGUAUCUUAAAGGGCUACUCUAGCAAUCUCAUUCAAAUGGAACUCAAAAACAAAUUUUGGUGGCUUGAGGGUCAGCAAAAUAGUUUAGCAGGUAAAGGUACUUGUUGCCAACCCUAUGAUCGAGUUUCAUCUCUGCGACCUCCAUAGCAGAAGGAGGAAGCCAACUCCUGAAAGCUGUCCUCUGCCACACAGAGUAUGGCGUGCAUGAACCCACACACACAAAAAAAAUCUUUUUUAAAAAUAUAUAGCAGGAUUGAAGAACUGUGGCUGGCGAGCUAGCUAAUCUACGUUUCACAUUCCAUACUGGAGGAAGACAGUCUGGGCUUCAAGCCCAGUGCUGUGUACGUGACCCUUAGACAAAUCACAGGAAACAGUUCACACAGCUGAGCCUGCCUUCCUUUUCCCUGUAUGUUUCCUUUGUCUUUCAGCUCUCUUACUUCUGCUAUGUGAGAACCCUUGGAGUCUGCAGAAUGGCAGCCCAGCAGAUUGCUCUGCCUCUUUAUGUCUUGAAUUCCUCUCCUCUCUUGCUACACUGCCUUCGUGCUCAUUCCAGUCAUUCUUUUUGCCCCCUCCCCAAGACAUCCGGCUUUGUCUCAAGUUGCAACUGUUAAAGGGGACGAAGAGUCAUUGUGGAGGUAGAGAAGUCAGCAGGGUCCAGGUUGCUUAGAGAAUUAACUACUGAGGGGGCUUGGGGUUUGUUUGUUCCUUGUUUGGCGCAAAGUGGAAAAGCCUCAGAAUUCACCUUCUAUUUCACAUCUGUUGUAAAAGAAAAUAGGAAGCAGGUAAAUCUGGUCUUCCAUCAGGAUCAAAAUCACAAACAGACAUGAUUGAGAUUCUACGCGGUAGGGAAAAAAGAAUUACCCUUCUGCUGUCUUCCAAACAGCUGGAGCCUGUGCACUCCCUGACGCCAUGGUCUCCAAGGGAUUCAUUCAGAGCUAUCUCAGUUCAACCCUGCAUGACUUGAUCCAUCAUUAGCAUCUUUUCUAUGAUGAACUAUUACCUUGUGUUAGACUUAGGAAUAGGAACUAGUCUACAGAGCAUGUCCCCUAGUGGGGCAUCCAUUCGAACUAACAAGCAGAUGUAAGGAUUGAAUUUAGGACACAAAAGAAUAAUGAGGCUAAAACGUAACAGGUGGGGAGGACUUGAGUUUCUUAGUACCUAUUCUUAUUUUAACCUGCUUGAUCCCAGAUCUCCCCUAGCAACUAAGAAGGAAAUAUUUUGUCAAGACCUCUUUGAACCUGACUGGAACUAGAGUUCAGAUUCAUUACCCUUUGAGAUUUAUCACACUUGAAAAACUUUUUCCUUAUCACAACAUACACACACACGCACACACACACAAGCAUGCAAACUGACAAGGCCAUAUACAGCAUUUAAUUGUGACAAUUAAAAUUGCAUUGAGCUGUAUAGAUAUAGCUCAGUGGUCCAACAUUUGCCUAGCAACUAGAGGCCCUGGAUUACAUCCCUAAUACUGCAGGGGAGAUCAAUUAUGAAUACCUAAUUAAAAGUUUGUCUUAGUGAGACAGUAUGUGGCACUUUUAUUAACCUUCACUUAAUAGAUUUAAAAAAUAUAAAUUUCUCAUUACAAAAAUGCACUUAAAAUCUUCCAAGAAAGUAAAAAAUUCUGGAUUUUAUUUGUUCUCCAACAGCCACCUCAAGUUCUGUCUUCAGAGUAGUGAUUUAGAAUCCAGACAUCUUUUGUUUUAGACAAACAAGCAAAACUAUGUUGCAAGAUGGAUAGUUGUGAUGUUUAUUUGCUGCAGAUCAAAGGUUCACAAAAUAUAUUCAAUUUUCAGGUACUUGAGGUACCUUGAUUGAUUCCCCAACACACACCUUGGAUUUUUUUUUCCAUUCAGAAAUGUUAAGCCUUGGUGUCAGGGGGUUUUGUUUUGUUUUUGUUUUUUUGAGGGUUUCUUGUGGAGAUUUUUGAGGGGUUUUUGUUUGUUUUGGGGUUUGGGUUUUUUUUUUUUUUUUUUGGUUGUUUUCAAAAAUACUAAAUUUUAAAAGUUUUAUUUGCCAAACGUGUGCAUACAUAUUCAAAGCAAUGAAACUAUUUCAAGCCAUACAGCCACAGGGGUGGAAACCCUUUUCACAAAUUUUAAUGUGUUUGUAUGUAAAUAGAUGUUUGUAUGAAAUAUUUUCAUGGUAGAAUGAAUAUAUUUAAAUGAAGUUGAAUUAUUCCAGUGCUAUUUAAACACAUGACAAAAUUUUUGGUGAGAAUUAUCUGAGUCUAUUGAGAUAUAAUGCAGAUCAAUUUUCAUUUUUAGAAAUCAAAAGCCUACAAAGUCCUCUGAUUGGCGACCACCUCCUGGUGGGGUGGUGUCUGAUGUGAGGUAGGCUUCCCCAGUGCCUCAGCCGCUUUCUGGUGGUAAGUUCGGUGCUAAUGGAGGUGUGUUUACCUUUUAGUGAUUCCCUACAGGCCUCCCAGGGGCCUGAGAGCGAAUCGAGGCAUUAGAGACAACGGUGCAGUUAUCGGAGCACAACAAUUUCUUUGCAGGGCAACAGAAUCAGAAACCAGACAUGGCCGUGUGGACCUCAGAACUGGGUUUCCCGGCCACCUUCUCUCGCCACCCCUAACUGCCUAGUCACAAUGUCAGGGAGGCUACCCUCAGUGGAGUUGGGGUCCAGACCCCGGGGUGGGACUUCACAGAUUUACCAAUGCUUUUUGCCUUCUGCCCUCCCUCUCCCAGAGAGGGCGGGCAGCCGCUGGUGGGGGGGCCAUUCUCAGCACAGUCCGUAUCCUGUCUCAGCUCUGGACCCAACUUCACCAGAGAGGGAGACUUCCGCGGAUAAUGGAAACCCUUGAUUCCUGUCUGUGACUUUAUGCGCAGUUGUUAAGUGUCAUUUUAAUAUGAAGACCAUUCAUUCAUGUACCUAAGACAUGCCUCCCAACUCUUCUGAUGCUACUGGAAAACAAGACAAAACAAAAAAUCCUUUAACAGUGAUAUGCCACUCGAGUGCGUUCCCCAACCCGCCUUUGGCCCUGGAUAUAAUGAAACAAUAAUCUGACAAAUUUUCACUGUGUACACUAGCAAUAUGAACACUGAGCCAAUGCAUCCUACUCCUCUACUUGGUUUCCAUAAUUACCCUUGAUACUACAGGGACUAUGUAUGUCAUGCCUGGUGGUUGCAUAAGAAAGUUACCAAGUUAUAUCCAUGAUUUGUAGCUCCCUUCUCCAAAUGUUUUUCCUCCUGGGUUUUCUAUGUUCUCUUUCCAUCCAAAAAUACAUUUAUUGGGUUGUGAGGUAUGUUUACAGAAUGGAAGCCAGGGGUUAUGCUUUCCGGCCUUGAUUGUAACCAAAAGUCAACCAUAUCACAGUUCAAAAAAAAAAAAAAAAACAAAAAAAAAACCACCCAUCUUUGGUCUUUUGUGGAAUUUAAACUAAAUCUAUGAGCCUUAUUCAAUAUCUAUAAUUCUAUGAUUUUUUUAAUUAUGGGAAAUUAAUGGAAGAUGUUUACAUGAGUAAUGUUUGCCCUUACUGUGUUAUGAAUGAAUUUUUUGUAGUGUGUCUGGGCGCAUGUGCAAGAAAGUAGGAAAACUGUUUCUGAAACAAAACUUGACAAAUAUUUGUAAUGAAAAGUAAACUUAAAGAUUGCUAUAAUUGCGCUAUAGAAACAAUGCAAGUAUUAAACAAAAUACACAAUC